CUUCAAACUCUGUGAUUGGUCGAUUCAAUGUUGACAUUGUCAAUAACAGCUACAAGUCACAUGAUGUUUCAGGCCAUAUUCGACGAAAAUAAUAUUCUAGAAAAUCGAAUUUAGAGUUUGGUUAGGAAGUUGUGAUGUUUGGGAUUCAAACGAAAAUGAAUUAGGACGUGUAUUGGAGUUUGCUGAAUCGACCGAAUGAAGAAGAUUGCAGUUAUUAUAGAGCGCUGGCCACGUGCUUAUCGAACAGGAGGAGGGUUYACAGAAAAAUGGGGAUCGGCCGUGGAUUACUAGUUAAACCAAGACAGAGAGAGAAUCGUAAUGAACCACGAUGACCAAAACAUUCAAGACAACGCUGUCAUAUUCAAAACUACUGAAAUGCCAGCUUGUACGGUACAAAAUCAGGCGGUGAAGAGAGAAUCGACCGCGAAACAUGAAUCCGAUCAAAAGCCGUCAGAUCAUCGUCGCACGGAAACGUCGUCAACUUCAGCUUCUAGUCUUACUGGCAUAGUUCAAGGUUUACUGGGAUGUCUUCGACCAGUAUGGAAGCUAAUAGGCAAAGCACAUAAGUACGAAAAUGGCGACGACUGGAUUAUACCAUUUGAGGAUAUUCGGGAGCUACAAUGGCUCGGUUCUGGCGCUCARGGWGCUGUGUUUUUAGGAGUCUACGGGUCUGAGCAAGUCGCGGUGAAGAAAGUCCGGAACGAAAAAGAYACUGAAAUAAAGCAUCUGCGUGACCUUAAUCAUCCAAAUAUUGUCCGAUUCAGAGGUGUUUGUAACCAACCACCAGUUUACUGCAUUGUAAUGGAGUACUGCCAGUGUGGACAGCUUUUUGAAGUACUGAGAGAUGGACGUGAAGUUACGCCAAAACUAUUAGUUCACUGGGCAACACAGAUUGCUGAUGGCAUGCACUACUUACAUGGCAAUAAAAUCAUUCAUCGUGACCUGAAGUCACCAAAUGUUCUUGUGUCUUCCAAUGACUGUUUGAAGAUAUCUGACUUUGGUACUUGCAAAGAGUUCAAUGACAAGAGUGCCAAGAUGACAUUUGCUGGUACUGUGGCUUGGAUGGCACCAGAAGUCAUUAGAAAUGAGCCUUGCUCUGAAAAGGUUGACAUUUGGUCAUUUGGAGUUCUUCUCUGGGAGUUACUGACAGGGGAAUUGCCUUACAAGGGUGUUGAUUCGUCAGCUGUGAUAUGGGGAGUUGGYAGCAAUAAUCUUCAAUUACCAGUACCUUCAAGUUGUCCAGAAGGGAUUCAGUUGUUGAUGAGGCUAUGCUGGAAAAGCAAACCAAAAAAUCGUCCUUCUUUCCGUCAAGUCUUGAUGCAUAUUGAGAUUGCUGCAGCAGAUGUUCUGAACACUCCACCAGAAUGUUUCUUACAUCAACAGAUUACCUGGAGGUCUGAAAUUGGGGUUGAAUUCGAGAAGAUGCGAAAUGAAAGUGCAAAUCUACAGAACCUUCAUCAGUUACAACGUCUUGACGAGGAACUUAUACAAAGACGAAAAGACGAACUCAAGCAUGCAAGGGAUAUCCGAAUGCAUUAUGAAGAGAAACUUGAAAGAGCAAACAGCCUUUAUCAAGAACUUAACAAUUGUAUGGAACAGUUAGAGCUGAGGGAGAAAGAGUUAAUGAGGAGAGARCAGCAGCUUAAAGUAUAUCGAGGGAAAUCCAAUAAAAAUGUACUGAAACCCGAACUACGAGCAAAGGCAACCGUUGUCGAAAAAAUGCUUGCACACCAACGGAUAACAAAACUUGAAAGUUCUAGUUGUCCUAAUUCGUCGAGUAGCUCCAGCAGUCCACCUAAAGACCUUUUAUUAAACUCUCACCAAAUCGAUGUUAAUUUACAAGAUGAGUCGUCCAUCUUAAGGAACCGUUCUUCUUUCAAGAAAAAUCGUGGUUACUAUAAAUCAAARCGAAGAAGACGGCAAGGGUCGCAAUCCAGCGUAGACCGAAGUCCUGCCACUAAAARAAGUCCCACGUUACCUUSCGGUUCAAAAACUUGUUUGAAUGACAAUCACGWUUCUUUACAAAACGGUGUAAAUGGUACAUUAUCAAAUGACGAACCAGACGACUUCUUAACUCACAACGGCGCCACGUCGCCACCAAUGGUGAUACCAGGAGUUGGAAAGGGUGCACCCAAUUCGAGUGACAGUGGGCCCCACCCUGCUAGUAGCUGCGAGUCAGACGUUGAAAAUAAAACCAAUUCGGUUCCCGAUAYCUGGAAUGUGAAYCUGCGAUCAUAUAAUAAUAACACUAAUCAURCAAAACGAACUSAAAACGAGAGGUGCUCAACGGAUAGUUCAGAAGAAAACAGUGGAGAAAUAUCAGACUUUGAAGAGGAAUUUUCAUGUAACGGAACAUUCAACCCGUUUGAAAUGUUAGAGAUMGAGGAUGAACACAUACGUCGCGUUAUGGAAAACAAAGGRAAAYCGACAGAGUAUUACGAGAGCCAUGAUGAUGACACUGCUUCACCAAGAAAAAGACACAAAUCUUGUACUAUACCUAACGAUAUCCAAUCCUAACAUACAUACCUGUUGAUGAGUCAUGGAACAGGACACCCUUCAAUCAUUUCUUGGGUUCCCUUUGUCUCUUUUGAUCCACAUACUCCACUGUUAUUACAGCGWUGUUCCCUUUUUAAAACCAGGGGGUGCACACUGGCGAAAAUAUCAUCACAAAAGCGAUAAAAAUUGGAAUGCAUGCUACCUACCGCCCCACCCUGGAUUUAUCCAUUAUCACACAUCGUGGCAUGUAAGUCGCGGUUAAAGCCGUUAUCAUCGUCGUCGGCUUCUGCUCGAGUUCUGGUAUCAAUAUCACUCGUUUAGGKAUGUCCUCGCACAAAUAUGCCUCGACCAAAGAAACAAAGUCAUUUGAACGCAAUAAAACUGAUACAAUGGCGUGAUAUUAUACAAAUAUUAUAUUACAAUGAGUGUUACUUGUGCUAAUUUUAGCACUGUUAUAUUAUGUAAGCUAGCUGAUGUACAGAAUUUUUAUCUUUUUUAUUGUAUGUAUUUAAAGUAUAUUGUUUUUCCGCUGUAUUAUUGCACGCCGCUUGCGCUUGAAAUAAAAUCAUUAAAAACUAUG